UUGAUCUGCUCAAAUCCUACUUGGUCAUUGCUUGGCUGUUUGAGUUCUCUGUCUUUUGGCAACUUUCUCUUCAUUGACUUUUCUUUGCUCUCUCUUUAUCUUUUCCUGUUCUGUCUCUCCAUGCAGAUCGGCAUCAGCUUGACUCUUCCCGCUCAAAACUUGCACGUCUACCAGGCCAGACGGGCAAGCUUUAAGUGCCAGAAAUCACCUCUAAACCCUUUAACAAAACCCCAUCCGUGUUCUCAAAAACCUUGUUCAUCGGCAUCAUCGACUGAGUUGACUCGGCAACACCUUUCCAACCUCGACAAACUUCUCCAGAAAACAAACCAAGCCGACCCAGAACAAGUUAUCAAAGCCCCAAGUAAUGGAUCAAUCGAAACCAAAGGUAAGGGUUUACUCGAGGGGCUUAAUCUUUCCAGGAUUUGGCCUGAAAUGAAAGCUGCCGAAGAGAUGUCUCCACGUCAUUUAAACAGGCUUCAAAGGCUUUUAUCAAAAACCAUGGAAUAUUCUCCAAGGAACAACCUUGGCUCUCGCUGGAGAGAGUACCACGGUUGCAAUGAUUGGUCAGGUUUGCUUGACCCGCUCGAUGAAAAUCUAAGGCGUGAAGUUGUUAGAUAUGGGGAAUUUGUUCAAGCUGCUUACCAUGGUUUCCAUUCCAACCCUGCUAUGUCAACCGACGAGGCUCCUUUACCACGGCACGUGGCGUUGCCUGAUAGGUCUUACAAGGUAACCAAGAGUCUAUACGCCACAUCGUCCGUCGCGUUACCGGAAUGGGUAGACGACGUGGCUCCCAACCUGGGGUGGAUGACCCAACGGUCUAGUUGGAUCGGCUUCGUAGCGGUUUGUGAUGAUAAGAGGGAGAUUCAGCGCAUGGGAAGGAGGGAUAUCGUUAUCGCUUUACGUGGAACCGCCACUUGCUUGGAAUGGGCUGAAAACUUUAGAGCCCAGCUCGUUCAAAUUCCUGAAUCCCAUGACCCAACCCAAAAGGUUGAAUGUGGAUUCUUGAGCUUGCACAAGACAGCCGGUGCUCACGUGCCUAGCUUGGCUGAAUCAGUGGUCGAGGAAGUGCAAAGAUUGAUUGAGGUGUACCAGGGUGAGACCCUCAGCAUUACAAUCACGGGGCAUAGCCUUGGUGCCGCACUUUCUCUUUUAGUUGCUGACGAAUUGAGUUCAUGCGCUCCCCAAGUGCCCCCGAUCGCAGUAUUUUCCUUCGGAGGGCCUCGAGUUGGUAACAAAGGCUUUGUAGAUCGGCUUAAUGAGAAAAAUGUCAAGGUGUUACGAAUUGUGAACAAUCAAGACGUGAUCACCAGGGUUCCGGGCGUGUUCAUUGGCGAAGGAUCACAACAACAACAAAGAAAUGAAGGUUUUUCAAGAGUGUUCAACAUGCUAGAUAACAACAACCCAUGGGCGUACUCCCAUGUCGGAACAGAACUACGGGUCGAUACUAAGAUGUCGCCCUAUCUAAAACCCAAUGCAGACGUGGCGUGUUGUCACGAUUUGGAGGCUUACCUGCACUUGGUGGAUGGAUUCUUGUCAUCCAACUGCCCGUUUAGAGCAAAUGCCAAGAGGAGUUUAGCGAGGCUGGUUCAUGAUCAAAGGUCAAACGUGAAACGAUUGUAUACUCACAAGGCCUUGAGUUUGAAUCUUGAAAGGGAUGGCUUAAGCUUCCCUAUGCCUAGUUGUUUGCCUAGCCCUUCUGGAUAAGCUAAGCAUAUAAAUAGAGAAAAAAAAAAACAAGUAAAGAAAGAAAACUGGAAAAAGCUUGCACAUACUUAAAAUAAGCUGCCCAUAUGCUAUGUUUCUUUGAUUUUUAUUUCUUUAAAUAUCAAAGUUCAUAGUUCCAAAGGUAGAAACUUGUCAUGCCUAGGAUAUUUGUAUAACCUCAAACAAAUGAAAAUUGGUAUAUUUUUUAAGUCAAAAAGCAUCUUCCCAAUGACCAAGAAAAUGCCAACACUACAAAACCAAAGAUAUUUUUUGACAGUAUAAAUUUCGUCAUGUAUCUUUAUUGGAAUAUUUUGUUGCAAAUUUAUCGAGAAGAAGUUAUUUUUUAUUAAAA